AUGCCUAACCCUGUGGCUCUAGUAGCCAUGGCUCAUACUGUGGCAUUGCCAGGACUACGAAUUCAAAAACUCGAAGAAUAUUUUUCUUUUAGCAGUAUACAAGAAGUCACUCUUACAUUUCAUAAGCCACGUUUCUCUCAAAAAACUCGAAGAUUAAUCGCAAAACCUGGUAAAAAAAUAAUUGAUCCAAAACCAGUAGCCUACGAUGAAGAUAAUUUGGAUCUAGAAAAUACUGACCUAUUUCCUAUCAUCGAAACUCAAUCUGUAUCACAACCAAUUGUCUCCAAUCUACCUCCCGGAAUAUCACAAACAUUUUAUGACUUAUAUACUCAUAUUAACGAACGUACUCAACUCACAACUCCAUCUCACGAAAUGCCACGCCACACCCGUCUCAACAGUUUAAUAUAUCACACAACAACUCGUGCAGAGGCUGAUUUACUCUGUGAAAUUGUUGCUCAAUGGCGCCGAAAGUUAUUACCAAUAACUUUAGUAACCUCAAGAUUGUUAAUAAGAAAAUUAUGUGAAAUCGAUGCUCAUCAUUUAGCAUUUGAUAUGCUGGCCGAUAGGUCAAAAUAUGCUUUAAAACCAAAUGUUGAGAUGUUUAGAUGGAUUAUGUUGGCUUAUGUGAAUGAGGUGGUCAAACUUGUUGAAAAUACCACACAAAUUAUUAAAAGUGAUGAUAAAAGCGAAGAUAAAAGUGAUGCAAAAUUGAUAUUAGAUGACUUAUUUAGAACUUUUGGUUUAAUGCCGUAUUAUGAUGUGCCACAAUUCGACGUGCACCUUUAUACGAUCAUGUUAUCAGCAUCUAUAAAAUUGGAGUCAUGGCAAUUAGUUGACGAAGUCGCUAGAGAACUUAUAGACCAUCUGGACGAAUCUCACAACCAAGAACAAGAUAUAUUUAAAGAAUAUAGCGAUGAAGUGAGGAUGUCAUGGUUAACAUCAUGUUUAGAAGUAUUCAUGUUAUUGGAAAAGUGGUAUGGUGAAAAUAAGAAUUUGAUAUAUGCAGAAAAGUUUAAGAAUUUACAGGAACAUUGGAAAAAAGAAAUAAAGAUACAAAUUUAA